GGACACAGGUGCAGAUGGGCCCUGUCUAGCUAGUUCCUAGACAAACCCUACUUGUUCAUAGGCGCGGUGUCUGGUCAUUCCCUUCCCUCUACCAGCCGUUUUAUUUUAUUUUUCCUUCCCCCAGCCUCCACGCUCGCGCUGGACGACGAACUCAGGAGGCGGCGCGGUCAUGGGAUCCUGCUUCUCGUUGGAGGGAGGCCGCAGUGAAAGCAUAGUGCCCGCGCAGAGGUCGCAGAUCCCGGAGGAUGAGCAGGUCGAGCCUACCGUUACGAGCGAGCUGGCCAUCCCAGUCCCAGAGGUGGCAGAAUCAGUGGUCAUGUUGGAGGCCCUUCGUACUGGCUUCAUCACAGACCAACGUCCAGAGAGGCACAUUCGUGUCAGGAGUUUCACCUAUGAUGAGGUGUGUGCGGCGACACAUGGCUUCGAAGUAGAUCGUUUCCUGGGACAGGGUGGGUUCGGCCAAGUGUACAGGGGUUUUCUUGAAAGCACCAAUCAGGAGGUGGCUAUAAAGAGGCUUGAUCUUCAAGGACAACAAGGGCACAGGGAAUUCGUUACUGAAGUUCUGAUCUUGAGCAAUGUGCACCACCCGAAUCUUGUAAAGCUCGUUGGACAUUGCACUAGUCAUGAUCAGAGGAUUUUAGUUUAUGAGUAUAUGCCUUUGGGUUCGCUAAACAGUCACAUCCAUGAUCUUCCCCCUGGCCAGCAGCCUCUUGACUGGAGUACAAGAAUUAAGAUACUGCUUGGUGCUGCUAAAGGUCUUGAGCAUUUGCAUCACAAUCUCAACCCUCCUGUCAUCAAUCGUGAUGUGAAAUGUGCAAACAUUUUGCUCGGAGCGGGGUACCACCCGAAGCUGUCUGACUUCGGCUUGGCAAAGCUAGGUCCAACUGGUGACAACACCCAUGUUUCAACAAGAGUUAUGGGUACACCUGGUUAUUGCGCGCCAGAGUACUUGAUGACUGGUAAAUUGACAGUAAAGACAGAUAUUUACAGCUUUGGUGUAGUUAUGUUGGAGGUUCUCACCGGAAGAAUGGCUAGAGACGAAAGACUUCCUGAAUCCGAGCGAAACCUUGUCGCAUGGGCUCUCAACUUUCUCCGCAGACGGGAACUGGACAAUCUGCUAGAUCCGGCACUGCGGGGUCAGUGCCCCCAGGCUUGUUUGGAGCAUGCCUUUUUUGUUGUUUCACGCUGUAUCAGUGAAUCACCCAAUACGAGACCAUCCAUGCGAGAUGUUGUCGCCUCUCUCACUGUGAUCUCAGAAUUCAGAAACAGAAACACAAGGCGGUUGGAGCGUGGCGGGCGCAGCACACCAACAAGAACUCCUGAUCGGAACCACCGGGGCGACGAUCAGGGAGAAGGAAGCUGAGGAAUCAGUGCAUAGCAAAACAAUGGUGAUCUUCUGUUGCUGUAGUUUUUUAUGAUGGUCGGUUACUGCCUGUCUGGGAGCAAGGAAGUUGUAAUGCCUGUUCAAAUGAUAUGGUUCAAUUGCAGGGAAGUACAUGGUCAUGCAGAAGAUUUUUUUCCCUGUUAGAGCUAGUUUGGGAACUUCAUUUUCCAAAGUGAUUCUUAUUUUCUCAAGUAAAAAUAAACUAUUUUUUCUUAAGAAAAUAGAAAUCUCUUGUAAAAAUGGUUCCCAAACUAGGCACUAAAGUUUGUAGAUAACAGGUGUAAACUCUUGUUGUGUUUGUUGGGGCUCAGUCUUCUCAGACGUUCUGUUUGCAUGUUGUAUUAUUGACGAGGCUAUGUUUAAACCAAUGGAGAUGGUUUGUUUCCCUUGAUUA